UUUUAUACCCUUUUAACAAAUAUGGACAGAGGUUAGGGGUAUAUGGGCAAAUUAUAGGAACAAAGUGACAGAAUCAACAAAACUGUAUGAACUUUUUUAUGAAGCGGGAAAGUGGAAAAACAUUCUCGAACAACUGUAGAAAGCGUGGAAUCAAAAUCAGGGCUAUAUAUAUAAGAAGUGGCAUUUGAUUUGUGAUAGGUUCGAAAUCAAAAAGUCACUGUGAGAUUGAAGAUUUGUUGAAGAGUAUAGUCAUGUCGAACAUCACAGUCUGUGCGCGAUUCAGACCUCCGAGUUCCAAAGAGAGAAUCGAUCAUGGCGAUGGAAUCUGCAUUCGAAGCUUGGACCUCGAAACUUUCGUCUUCAAGGAUGAGAAGCAAGAAGAGUACACGUUUAGCUUCGAUAGAGUGUUCCAUGACGGAUCUGAACAAGCUGAUGUCUUCGAAUUCCUAGCUCUACCAAUUGUUCGAGAUGCUGUUAAUGGAAUAAAUGGGACAAUUAUUACAUAUGGACAGACAGGAGCGGGGAAGACAUAUAGCAUGGAGGGUCCCAGCAUUCUAGAUUGUGAUGAGCAGAAGAAAGGACUAUUGCCUAGAGUAGUGGGUGAACUUUUCAAUGCUAUUAAAAUUUCUGAAGACGCAUCCAAGUACACAAUCAAAUUGUCAAUGGUCGAGAUCUAUAUGGAGAAAGUAAGGGACCUUUUUGAUUUGUCAAAGGACAACAUCCAGAUCAAGGAGAAUAAAGUGCAAGGAAUCUUGUUGUCUGGUGUUACAGAGAUCUCUUUAUUGAACCGUGCAGAGGCAUUACAAAGUCUAUCGAGUGGGAUUGCUAACAGAGCAGUUGGAGAGACCCAAAUGAAUAUGGCCAGCAGUAGAAGUCAUUGUGCUUACAUAUUCACA